AUACGCUCAUCAUUCGUUUCUCAUGGCAAUUGCUUUUGUUUUAUAAAAUCUUAAUAUAAUAUUUAUUAGAACCAUCUAAUACUUUUGAUACUUGCUUACGAUUUACGUUUUAAAACACUACAGUAUUUAAAUCUUUUCCAUCCGAAUACAUUCAACUUACAGUCACCAAAUAUUCACAGAAAAUGGCCCAGACUGAAGCUGCUAAAAAGGCAAAAGAAUUCCAUGAAACAUUGAAGGUUGACGCAGAGAAUCGUAUAGUUCAAAAAUUUCCUGAACGAAUAAUACAUUUAAAUGAGUUACUCAAAAUGCCAGAGUUUCGUAUUGCUGCAAAUGACAUAAAAUGUAAACUAGAAAUUCCCACAAUUUCUAAAAUAGAAAAUAAUGUAAACAAUUGUGAUGGAAAAAAUCCGGGAAAAAGGCCACGUUUAGAUUCAAAUUCACAUGAUACAAUUCCAGGACAAACGCUCAUACCAUCCAAUAAAAAACUUGUUGAAGUCAUUAAAAUUCUCAAACCCAAUAUCAAACAAUUAGCUGAAGACACCAAUGCUUUAAAAAUGUGGGUAUCCUUAUUAAUACCAAAAAUUGAAGAUGGUAAUAAUUUUGGAGUGUCUGUACAAGAAGAUACUCUUGCUGAGAUACAGCAGGUUGAAGUCGAAGCAACCAAUUAUCUUGAACAAGUAUCACGUUAUUAUGCAUCUCGUGGAAAACUUAUCUCCAAGGUUUGCAAAUACCCUUAUAUUGAAGACUACCGGUGUGCCGUUGAGGAAUUGGACGAAAGACAAUACUUAUCCAUGUCUCUUACCAUGCACGAAAUUCGUAAUCGUUAUUCAACACUGCACGAUAUAGUCAUCAAGAACUUUGACAAAAUAAAGAAGCCUCGAUCAUCAAACACUGACAGUUUAUAUUAAGCGCAGUAAAACCAUACUCAAAACAUUAAAAUCUAAAUUUACACCCUUAUCAUUCCUUUAAAAUGUUCAUAUUCAUGUCAAAAAUAUAAGCAACAUUUUUUUAGCAAUAAGAAUAAAAUCUUAUACAAAAUGUUAUCUUCAGUUUAACAUUAAAGAUGUGCAGGGUAAUAAUAGUA